UCGAUAGGCCUCGACUUGUCAGGAUCCGUCAUGCUCCCGUCAUCGCCAAAUGGGUCAAAGCGUCUCCGAGAUUGACUGACUUUGUCCUGACUCAAGUUGAAGACGAUCAGCGCCUCAACCCACAGUUGUUGCCGCCCGCUGUGGUAUGGCCAAAAGCAUCACGGGAAGCAAGAUCGAUCCACAAAAGUUGGGUCCAUGCUUCGUCAACCUCGACUGUGCAAUCGACGCGGAGACCUUUGAACUCCUCACAAGACCGUUUCGCGAAGCCAAUCUCGAAGUUCUCGAGCUCCGUCUGGUAUGGUCUGAUCGCGUCACCGUCCCCGAUUACCACUCAUUUAUGGGCGAGUUGCUGGCCUUUCCCAAGCUGCGCAAGAUCAUCGUUACAAUCUCGAGCGUGGCCGACUUUCUUCCGCUCAUGCGGGCUCCUUUGCUCGAAGAGAUCAGACUGGGCAGACACUUCGAUGGCAAGACUGCCGAUUGUAUUCUUGAAGGCUUGCGCGAGCAGACAUGGCCUCGUCUGCAGAGUGUAAAGCUCUGUCAAAAGACGAUCAAUCUGACGACUGCCGAGUCUGGCCCUUUCAACUACAGAAAAUUCGAUCGCAUGGCAACAGCUCUUGCCAAGCGUGGCAUGGACUUGCUGGAGGAAACAGAGGAUGACGUCGUGCUGGCUCCUUAUGAUCACUACGACACUGAUGACGAGGAUCGCAUCGCUGAUCAGUUCUGGGCCGAGGCUGAGGGCGAUUUCUCAGAAGAGGAGGCAGACGAAUUUGACGGGGACGAGUGGUCUGACUGAAUACGAGGUGGCGCAAGUGGAUGCAACAAACGUUUCGGCAAUGCAUCAUACAGGCUCUAGCAAACCUAAGCAAGCUGCUUCUACAUCGACGAUCUCCUUUGGACCGUUUGCGGACAGAUUGACACUUGCUGC